ACGGGGCGACGGGGCGACGGGGCUCGGGGCGGAGGGCAGUAAACCCCACUUCAGCCCAGAUUCUGCUCAGGUUGGGGCUGGUUGCUGCCUGGGACGGCCCCCGAAGCCUUGGUGCAACAGGCUGCUGGCUGCGACAGCCACCCUGACCCUAGACGCCGCUCCAGGAAUCCUAAAACCAAAAUAUUAGAACGAAAACAGAAGCAUGGCUCACCAUAUUUCAUUUCUUUGGAUAGUUUUGGUCCUGCUUCUUCAGAAUUCUGUAUUAGCUGAAGAUGGGGAAAUAAGAUCAAGUUGUCGUACUGCUCCGACAGAUUUAGUUUUCAUCUUAGAUGGCUCUUACAGUGUUGGCCCAGAAAACUUCGAAAUAGUGAAAAAGUGGCUUGUCAAUAUCACAAAAAACUUUGACAUAGGACCGAAGUUUAUUCAGGUUGGUGUGGUCCAGUAUAGUGACUACCCUGUAUUGGAGAUUCCUCUUGGAAGUCAUGAUUCAGGAGAGAAUUUGAUGGCAGCAGUGGAAUCCAUACAUUACCUGGGCGGAAACACAAGAACUGGAAAGGCCAUCCAGUUUGCGCUUGAUUACCUUUUUGCCAAAUCCUCACGGUUUCUGACUAAGAUAGCAGUAGUACUUACAGAUGGUAAAUCCCAAGAUGAAGUUAAAGAUGCAGCAGAAGCAGCAAGAGACAGUAAAAUAACAUUAUUUGCUAUUGGCGUUGGUUCAGAAACAGAAGACGCAGAACUUAGAGCAAUUGCCAAUAAGCCUUCAUCUACUUACGUGUUCUAUGUGGAAGACUAUAUUGCAAUAUCCAAAAUAAGGGAGGUGAUGAAGCAGAAACUUUGUGAAAAGUCUGUCUGUCCAACACGAAUUCCAGUGGCAGCUCGUGAUGAGAAAGGGUUUGAUAUUCUUUUAGGCUUGGGUGUAAAGAAAAAGGUUAAGAAAAGAAUCAUGCUUUCACCAACAAAGAUAAAAGGAUAUGAAGUGACAUCAAAAGUUGACUUAUCAGAAUUCACAAGCAAUGUUUUCCCUGAAGGUCUUCCUCCAUCAUAUGUAUUUGUCUCCACUCAGAGAUUUAAGGUCAAGAAAAUGUGGGAUCUAUGGAGAAUUUUAACCAUUGAUGGAAGGCCACAAAUAGCUGUUACCUUAAAUGGUGUGGAUAAAACAUUACUAUUUAUAACAACCAGCAUAAUUAAUGGCUCACAAGUGGUCACUUUUGCUGACUCUCAAGUUAAGAUAUUAUUUGAUGAAGGCUGGCAUCAAAUUCGUCUCUUAGUAGCAGAACAAGAUGUGACUCUCUAUAUUGAUGAUCAACAAAUUGAAAACAAGCCAUUACAUCCAGUUUUAGGGAUCUUCAUCAGCGGGCAAACUCAAAUCGGAAAGUAUUCUGGGAAAGAAGAAACCGUUCAGUUUGAUGUCCAGAAGUUGCGAAUCUACUGUGACCCAGAACAGAACAACCGAGAGACAGCAUGCGAGAUUCCUGGAUUUAAUGGUGAGUGCCUCAAUGGUCCCAGUGAUGUAGGUUCAACUCCAGCUCCCUGUGUUUGUCCUCCAGGAAAACCAGGACUGCAAGGCCCCAAAGCCAUAUUCAGAGAUGUUUCAGCUUCAUCCGUGACAUUUCCACUCCUGUCAACAACUCAAAAAUCCUGUGGCACAAGUUCAAUUCAACAUAUGGUGAACCUGGACAGCCUGGAAACCCUGGCUACCCUGGACAAUCUGGUCAAGAUGGGAUAUCAGGGAAUUGCAGGAUCACCAGGUGUCCCAGGAUCCCCAGGAAUACAAGGAGUCCGAGGACUACCAGGUUACAAAGGAGAACCAGGGAGAGAUGGUGAAAAGGGUGACCGUGGACUUCCUGGUUUUCCUGGGCUUCAUGGAAUGCCAGGAUUAAAGGGUGAAAUGGGCCCCAAAGGAGAUAAAGGAUCAACUGGAUUUUAUGGCAAAAAGGGUGCAAAAGGUGAAAAGGGGAAUGCUGGAUUUCCUGGCCUUCCUGGACGUGCUGGAGAACCAGGAAGACAUGGAAAGGAUGGAUUAACGGGUAGUCCUGGUUACAAGGGAGAAGCAGGACCUCCAGGUGCUCCAGGUCAGGAUGGAUCACAAGGAGAGCCUGGAAUGCCAGGAUUUCCUGGAAACCAAGGAUUAAUGGGACAAAAAGGAGACAUUGGGCCUCCAGGACCACUAGGAAAAAAAGGAGCUCCAGGGAUUCCUGGUUUGAUGGGACAUGAUGGCUUGCCCGGUCAGCCUGGAACACCAGGAUCUAAGGGAAAUAAAGGUGAACCUGGACUUAAAGGGAUGCCUGGGGCUUCUGGACUAAAGGGAGAACAAGGAGCAGUAGGUCUCCCGGGAGAACCAGGAUACCUGGGUUUACCUGGAAUUCAAGGAAAAAAGGGGGACAAAGGAAGUGAAGGUGAAAGAGGCAUUCAGGGCCAAAAGGGAGAAAAUGGAAGACAAGGGAUCCCAGGGCAACAGGGAAUUCAAGGCCAUCACGGUGCAAAAGGAGAGAGAGGUGAAAAGGGAGAGCCUGGUGUCAGAGGUGCCACUGGACCAAAAGGAGAGUCUGGGGUGGACGGCCUGAUGGGGCCUGUGGGUCCCCAGGGGCAGCGUGGGGUAGCAGGUCCUCAGGGACCUCCAGGAUUGGAUGGGAAACCCGGGAGAGAAUUUUCAGAACAGUUUAUUCGACAAGUUUGCACUGAUGUAUUAAGAGCUCAGCUACCAGUCUUACUUCAGAGUGGAAGAAUUCAAAGUUGUGAUCAUUGCCAGUCCCAGCACGGUUCCCCUGGUAUUCCUGGGCCACCCGGUCCCAUAGGCCCGGAAGGUCCUCGAGGAUUUCCUGGUUUGCCAGGAAGAGAUGGUGUUCCUGGGUUAGUGGGUGCUCCUGGACAUCCAGGUGCCAGAGGAUUAAAAGGUCUACCAGGAAGGAAUGGGGCAAAAGGGAACCAAGGGUUUGGGUACCCCGGAGGACAAGGUCCUCCUGGUCCCCCAGGUCCGGAGGGCCCUCCUGGAAUAAGCAAAGAAGGUCCUCCAGGAGACCCAGGUCUCCCAGGCAAAGAUGGAGAUCAUGGAAAACCUGGAAUCCAAGGGCAACCAGGACCCCCUGGCAUCUGCGAUCCAUCGCUAUGUUUUAGUGUAAUUGUCGGAAGAGAUCCAUUUAGAAAAGGGCCAAACUAUUAGUGUCUGAUGCCUCACUCAGCAACCUAGGCAUGGUGCUUUUCUCUUGUGGUCUUUUGCAUCUCAGGAAGAUAACAACAGGAAUCCCUUGAAAAGAAACUAAAGUACCUCGGUGUUUUUAUUAUUAUUUUUUUCUUAAGGAAAAAUAUAUAAAAGGUCACAUAUACUGAUUCUAGAGACUCUGCAGUAAUUCGAGAGCCUUUAGAUUAGUAGCAUUAACUAAAUCUCAAGGGUUUCUUGUAAGUCCAUUUAUUUUAAUCAAAGUUGAACAUUAAAAAAACCCACCAUUGCCUGUUACCAGUCAAUUUCAGUCACUGUGAAAUAUUUCACAUUCAGCCUCCAUGCAGCAGAGUAUUUGGGUUCAAUUUCAUGUCUGUGUGAAUUUCAUGUUUCAUAUCUCAUAGCACAUGCUUAUCACAUUAGCCAAAACACAUGCCUGGUGUCGUUGGAAAGAACAUCAGGGCUGACACUCGGCUAGGACUGACUGUGUUGCCCCACCAGCCACUUACUCCAGUGUCUGUCCUAACUGGGGAGGGACAGUGGACUGGUGGGUGUUCAGGGUUUUGAAUGAUCACCUCUGAAUGAGAUGAAAGUGUUUCUUAAGUACAUGUGCAAACCCUCAAAUUAUGCUGAGAGACAGUAUUGAUUACAUGGGGAAUGGUCAAAAUGGUGUCACGUUAAGAAUAUGUUAGAGAAAAGUUUCAUUGUACCUGGUCAGUAUGUUCCAAGGAAAUGCAGGUUCAGGAAUGCUAAAAAGACUUCAUUCUUCACAUUUGCUUAGUAAUUGGAAUGUUUGUUGUAUGCCUUCAUCUUCCAUUUCACUUAUUAUAUGUGUAUGUUCCUAUAUGUUAACUUUGAUUUGUAGCAAAGCUAAUGGGAAUAAAUGCUCUAGUCAAAAGGAGAGAUAACUCCACAGCUCCUAGUACGUGUUGAUAUUUUUAGCAGACUUUAAAAUAUUAUGAACAGUCUUUGUGUACUGUACUUACUGCUUUUGUAAGGAACAUGUUUGAGAUAUUUCAUCCUAAUCAUGCUCUAAAUUUUGUUACAUGCUUGUUACUCAAAGUACAAUAAAGUUUUGUACAGGCCUGUU